AUGUCCUCAACGUUGAGUACACUUUCAACUACCGUGCCAUAUGAUGAAGAACCAAUAGAUCCAACACAGUCCACAGAUCUUAUUGAUCACGAAACUUUCGAUCAAUUGUUAGAAAUGGAUGACGACGAAGAUCAUGAUUUUUCAAAAUCUAUAGUUUGGAAUUAUUUCGACCAAGCUGAGUCCACAUUUGGAGAUAUGGACACGGCUUUGGAAGAAAAAAAUCUUAAUGAAUUAUCUAAACUGGGGCACUUCUUAAAAGGGAGUUCUGCAGCAAUAGGCUUAACGAAAGUAAAAGUCUCUUGUGAGAAGAUGCAACAUUUUGGUAAUAAACGAGAUGAAUCAGGGUCUAGCGAUAUCACAGAAGACGAGGCUUUAAUAAAGAUAUCUAAAUUAUUAGAGAAAGUAAAAGACGAAUAUAAAGAAGCCGAAAAAUAUCUUAAAAAUUUCUAUACCGAAAGGGAUACGACGCAGGGAGAAA